AUAUCAGAAUCAAAGCUUAUAGAAAUAAAUAUUUUUUUGCUCUAUUUUACGAGUGGCUUAUUGAUUUUCCUCCAGCUUUCUGGGGGAACAACAAUAUUCCCAAGCCGAGGACAUCCGCAUCCUCGGAUGCCCAUCCGCUCCACCGCCUUGACUGCCCUAACAUGUCGGAAACGUGGGGGUUUCGGUGCUAUCCAUCCCGACCUCGUCAGGCGACGUCCAGCCAUGCAAACGCGAUGGUCUCAUUAGAACACCACCUCAUUUCCAAACUGUGAUCCCUCGCCAUGAGGACCCUGGCUAAGGGCCUAGCUGUUGCUCGGCCAGGAUUUGCCAGCGAGGCCAUCCUGAGAUGUGAGACCUUGAGCGCGAUUCCCGGCCGGCAAGGUAGCCGGUCUGGACUACAACACCCUCUAUACACCAGUUCACAGCGGCAGGAGCGCUCCAUAAUGACAAAACGCCGGCCACGCACCGCGCUCUUCUUCCCAGGCCAAGGCGUCCAAAAAGUCGGCAUGCUCAAGCCAUGGCUCGAUGCCUUCCCCCGCAGCGCCGGCCCAACCAUCGAAGAAGUCGACCACCUCCUGGGCUACAAACUAUCCACCCUCAUCGAAGAAGGCCCCAACAGCGCGCUCACAGCUACCAUCCACUCCCAGCCCGCCAUCAUGGCAACCUCAAUCAUGAUCCUGCGCGUCCUCGAGGCGGAGUUCGGGUUCCACCCCCCCUCGCGCUGCGAUGUCACACUGGGGCACUCGCUUGGUGAGUUCGCUGCCCUUGUGGCUGGGGGAUACGUUACGUUUCAGGACUCGCUGUAUCUGGUGCGGCGUCGCGCGGAAAUCAUGGUUGAGUGCUCCCGUAAGGCUUCGGAGGAGUUCGGCGGCGAAUACGGCAUGAUCGCCCUUGUCACCGAGCCGGACCACCUGCGCCCUCUCGUGGCUGCCAUCCACGACUUUAUCGGCCACAAUGACGCCGGCGUGAAGACGAAUAGCGGGGAGGAUGUUCCGCCGAUUCAGCAGGUGUCGAUUGCGAAUAUCAAUAGCAAGAACCAGAUCGUGUUGAGUGGGAAUAUCAAUAUGAUCCGGACGCUGCUGACGCACGUGCGGAGCUUCGGGGGACAUGAUCCUAGAGCUGUGCGGCUAAAGAGUGAUUCCCCCUUCCAUAGCCCGCUGAUGAAGCCGGCGAGUGGCAUGAUGAGGAGGUUGCUGGAUGGGAAGAGUAGGGUGGUGGGGCGCGAGGACGAGGAUAUAGUGAUGUGGCCGGGGGUAAUGGAGAUAGUGUCGAAUGUGUCGGCGAGGCCGGUGACGUCGAAGGCGGAGUUGAAGGAUAAAUGGACGAGGCAGUGUGUGGAUACCGUGCGGUGGUGGGAUAGUAUUAAGUACCUCGACCAGGAGCAGAAGGUGCGCCGCUGGAUUGGGGUUGGGCCGGGGAAGGUGGGGAGGAAUCUCGUGGGGAAGGAGGUUGGGAUGAGGGGGAAGGAUACGGUGAAGGGGGGUGGGGUGUGGGGGAUUAGUGACCCGAAGGAGAUUGAGGAGGUGAUGAGGGCGUUGGAGGAUACGGAGUCGAUGUAUUGCGACGAUGAUUGAGAUGGGGAUAAGACGUACUUGGAGCUCUCUCGUGGCGAUAAUUGUAAGAUGGCGGCGAGGGUAUACAAUGAACUGGGCCGCGGUGAUCGAGUGACAAGCCUCGGCGGAGCAUGUUGGGUAGCUAUGGGAUGAGAGAAAGGGUUGGUGGAGGUUUGUUUUGGAGAUUGUGAGCACUAAAUACACACACGGCGCAUUGGGAUCUCGAAUCGAGAUAUGGGGGAUGUAUUUGAAGUAGCUAGGU